GCAGGAGUAAUGUAGUAAAAUGCAGACAUAAAAGGUGAAGUUCAGUAAACGCAUUAUUGCUGAUAUAUAUAUAUUUUGUACAGGAGUAGAUGGUGUAAACUACACAUGAAUAAUACAGAGAUGACCAAAUUUGAUAUUUAAAAAUCAAUGUUUUACCUAUAUUACGCUUUAAACGUUUCUGCAACAUUUUGUUGCGCUGUUUGACGAUUGAAAUAUAGAUUGCAAAUGGCCAAUGUUAUUAUUUUGAGAGGUGAUCUAAAUAUUUUGGCAAAAAUUGUGUUUAUGUCCUCGACCCAAACCCUGCUAAACCUGUGGGAAAAAAAAAAAAAAGCAUAACGAAGCCAAUAACCGCUACGCGGAUCCGUGAGGGGCCACUGAACAAUUGCAGAGUUUUAAUACGAGCUGUCCCUUUAAGGCUCAUUUAGCCAGUGCGCUUUAUCCGUUUAUUGACUUUCCCCUUCAAUCGUGCGAUCGAAGCCGCGGGUCUCCUAGAGUAUAGACGCCGUGCAAAUAAAUGCACGGUCAAAGCGUUUAAAGGAUGGGUUCAUUACGCAUUGAUUUUUGCUCUACUUUAAACGGCAUGUUGUGCCAAAGUACAGGUCACGUGACGCGCCGGUCUGUAUCAGUGGUGCAAAUUAGGUGGGAAUUAGAUUAAACUGGUUUUAAGCGAAGGAAAUGAGGGCAGGAAGAGAAAGCGCCUGAAUAUUACUUUUCCUUCACACUUUUUCUCUAUAAUUUCGCACCGGUCUCUUCAUUUCCUUUCCCUCCCUCCCCUCACCUCUCUCUCUCUCUCUGCGUCUCACUCUCCUCCUCUCCUCACAUCGCAAACUUACACUCGCAUCCCUCACAACUCUUCCACCCCGAGCGGAGAAGCUCAGCCUCCCAGGCUGGAUUUGCAGCGGGACUGGAGCGCAGCGCCACGUGGGUGCCUCGGGCUGCCCGGCCGGUGCUCGCCGGCGGCGGCGGCGGCGGCGGCGGGAGCAAACCGGAGCGAGGAGGUGUUCGGCGCGGGGUUAGGAGAGCCGGACAGGUGGCAUGAGCAGGAGCAGGAGCUGGGGGUCGCCGUGAGCACCAUGUGGGAGACGGAGGGUCUGCAGACGCUCGGCAUCGUGGUGAUCGUGUGCGCUUCGCUCAAGCUGCUUCACCUGCUGGGGCUCAUCAGCUUCUCUGAGGACAGCGUUGAGGAUGAGCUGGAGCUGUCUGCUGUACGGCAUCGACCAGAAGCUUUGGAGCAGCUGGAGGCUCAAACGCGUUUCUCACGCAAAGAGCUUCAAAUCCUCUAUCGGGGCUUUAAGAACGAAUGCCCCAGUGGUGUGGUCAACGAAGACACAUUUAAGGAAAUUUACUCUCAGUUCUUCCCACAGGGAGAUGCAUCAACGUAUGCACAUUUUCUCUUCAAUGCGUUCGACACUGAUCACAAUGGCUCUGUCAGUUUCGAGGAUUUCGUGAUGGGUCUUUCCAUUCUCUUAAGAGGCACCGUUCAGGAGAAGCUCAACUGGGCCUUUAACCUGUAUGAUAUUAAUAAAGACGGAUAUAUAACAAAAGAGGAGAUGUUAGAUAUCAUAAAGUCCAUCUACGACAUGAUGGGGAAGUGCACAUAUCCCAUCCUUAAAGAGGAAACUCCACGACAGCAUGUGGAGAUAUUUUUCCAGAAAAUGGACAAAAACAGGGACGGAGUGGUCACUAUAGACGAAUUUAUAGACUGCUGUCAAAAUGACGAGAACAUCAUGAGGUCAAUGCAGCUUUUUGAGAACGUCAUUUAACAUCUGAAAGGACUCUGUUGGCGGGCCAGCUCACACACAACCACCUUUAUACUCCACAACUCCAUAAACCAAAAUAAACAGCGUUUUUAACAUCCAAGAAAAAUUAUUUUUACUUUUUUUUUUCUUUUUUUGUCAUAUGCUUUUAAAAAAAUUGUACUUUUUAUUUAAAGUGGAUACAUUUUUUUUAUUUUUUUGAAAUAAAUCUUUGUCAUUUUAAAUUGGCCCUUGAACACAAACAGAAUGAAUUUCUGUGUGUAAUAUUUAAAACUGAAACGAUUUGCGAGGAAUAUUUGAUUUACAAUUUACUUAACUGCUUAAAUGAAUAGUUUCCCCAAAAAAUUUACUGAGAUGUAGGGUUUGUUUCUUUAAGGCAGGGCUCAUCAAACUUGAUCCUGCAGAGUUUAACUCCAACUUCCCUAAACUCACCUGUCUCAAAGUUUCCAGUGUACCUAGUAAUACCUUUUUAAAUGGCUGCUUUAUGCGUGUUUUAUUAGGGUUGGAGCUAAAUGCUGCAGGACCCCGGCCCUCCUGGACCGGGCUUGGUGACCCCGGCUUAUGGGAUCGGAUUUGGAGAAAUGUGCAUCACUCGUUCCCCGGUGCUUCCUCUGGAAGUGAAUGGGUGCCGUCAGGAUGAGAGUCCAAACAGCUGAUAACGGUAAUCCACACCGCUCCGGUCCAUCUGUUAGCUUAUUGUGAAAUGAAAAGCCGCAUGUUUGUAAAAAAGCUAAAGGCAUUUUAACUGAAGAAAAGUUUAUAAUUGUCCAUAUUUCUUUGGAACGCAACGGUUUGGAGUUAAAAAACAUCUUAGUGGCGACGUAAACACGCAGCUUUUUGCCUCACAGGACAUUUUAACCGAUGGACCGGAGCGGUGUGGAUUAUUGUGAUGUUUUUAAUCAGCUGUUUGGACUCUGAUUCUGACGGCACCCAUUCACUGCAGAGCGCCAAGCGUUCUAAUGCAACAUUUUUCCAAUUUCAUACUAUUUAUCCAAAACCAUUCCUAAAGCGUCUCACACAGUUUGACGACGCAAAUCCGUGAGACAUGAACCAUUUUUAAGUAACGAAUCGUACUUCUUUCACUCAACGAGUACAAACCCGUGACUCUGCAGCCUUGACAUUUCUACAGAAUCCUUCCAGAUCGUUCUUAACUCCAGCAGCGGGUCCAGCCAAAAAACAGGAGGGAAGUCGAAUAAAGAAUGAGACGAUGUAUGUUUUCUAAAAUAGAUUUAAAAUAGAUCUUUACCGUUUUUUAUUUUAUUCGUUCAGAAUCAUUUGCCAACUAGAUCAAGAUGCUAUGUUAUAGAUUCGGAAGCUGCAGGUAGCAAAUCAAAGCACACAUGUUAUGUAUUUGUCUUAGGAAACACUGUUACAAAGUAAUGCUGCUUAUAUGUAUCUUAAUCAUGAAGUCCUUGUGAAAACGUCACAUUAUGUUUACAUGUUUCCAACACUAUAAAGCAUGUUUAUUUAUUGAGCACAUCGGGCUGUCUGUAGUCAUGCAGUAUUCGUUCUCAUUCAGAGGUCCUGACCAUCAGUAUUUGUGUGUCUGCAAAGGAGCUCUGUUCAUGUCAAAGAAAUGUCUCUUAAAGAGAGAGUUCACCCCAAAAAAUCUCGCAUUCCACUUGUUAUAAACCUGUACGAGUUUCUUUCUUCUGUUUAACAAAAAGGAAGAUAUUUUGAAGAAUGUUGGCAACUGACGGUACCCAUUGACUUCCUGUGUUUUUUUUUUUUCAUUACUACGGAAGUCCACUAUUUGGUUACCGUCAUUUUACAAAAUAUUCUAUUUUGUGCUCAACAGGAGAAAGAAACUUAUAUGGGUUUGGAACAAAGGAAAGCUAAGUAAAUUAUAACAGAUUUUUAUUAUUUAUCUUUUUUGGGGGGGUUGAACUGUCCCUUUAAAUCUCAGUCUUAUAGCGUGUAUAGUUGAUUAGAUGGUGUUCCGACUUAUUACCCCACAAAUAUAUUUAAUUAAGAAGCUAUUUAGCAUUAAACGUUUUACAUAUAGAGUUUUAUGUAACUGUGGGCAGUUCAUAAAAUAAAAAUAAAUUUUUAUAUAAAUAUAUAAAUAUAUAUAUAUAUAAAGGUAGUUUACCAAGAGUGCAAUGCUCUCUACAACAUCGCCAUCUUGUGGACAUAAAUUACAGCAGACGACAUGAUUAUGGUUUCAAUUGGAGGAUUAAUUUCACACAGUAACACAGAAGUGACCGGUCAGUAUUUAGAUCCAGUAUCGCCCCCGUAUUCUGUCUCUAAAAACCAUUAAAAAACCACAACCGUACCUCACAAACCUUAUACGAGUCCCUGUGUGAAAAUGUUUCCUUUCGUGCAUUUCACGGGCAGCAGUUUCCACGCCUGCGACGAUAGUUGUCCGAGCUGUACAACUAAAGAAAAGAGUUAUAAUUUGAGUUUUGCAAAUGCGUAAAAACAUAAACGGUCCGGUCCAGACAUCAGAUUGAAUAAACACAUCGAUUUGCAUUUCAAAAAUAUGUGUGUGUGUGUGUGUGUGUAGAUAUUUCACAUGUAUUACAAACAAGCAUUACAGAUCUUUUUUUCAUUUUUUUGCUUAUUCCAAUUAUGCAAAUAAUGUUUAUCUUCAUGGGUUCUCCGUCAGUUUUAUUAGUUUUGCAACCCGCAUGCCUGAUUCACAUGAGCUUCUCCAGGAGAAGAGUGCAUGAGCUUUUCCCUACUCUAGAAAUCAGUGCCUUUCUUUGUUAACGCUCAUCCCAGACGACCUGUACUUUCCGUCUGAUCUGAUUGUAAUUGAGUUACAGCACUCUUUUGAGUCCGUUUCUGGAAACGAUGCUAUGUCAUGCUGUAUUUGAGGUUUCCCAUCGACGUCCUGGUGAUGCAACGCUGACGGCCGCAUGCGUAGGGUGUGAAGAAGAAGCUGGAGCAGAUCUAGCUCUCUGUGUGCCUGUCCCAUGCUUUUCUGUGGAACUAGACCAGUGCAUUUUGUAACAUAGAGUCAAUAAACCGCUCAGAAUGUA